AUGAAAAAUUAUGAAGAAUAUGUUGAUGAUUUUCCAUUAUAUAAAUUUUAUCUUAGUCGGAGUUGGUAUGAAUCAAAAGAUUCAUCUAUACAACGUUUAGCUAAUCGUAUACAUACUCAUCCAUUACUUGAUAUUCCAGUUACUUAUCUUAAACUUGCAACAGCUGCUUGUCAUCAAUUACUAUCAUCAAAAAAAGAUGAUCAACAACAACAACCAACAAUUAUUUUUGAAGAUAUUAAUUUUAUUAAAGCACUUGUUCUUAAUGAACAUGAAUUAAUUGAAGUAUUUAUACAAAUAAUUAUGUCAAUGCGUGAAUGGUAUAUUAUAUUUUGUAAUCAAGAUAAUCUUAAUAAAUAUUCAUUAAAUCAAUUUACUUUGCAUGCGCAAAGUAAAAUUGAAAUUGAUUUUAAAGAACAAAAAUCAUUAACAAUACCUGACAGAUGGACAACACAAGAUAUAACAAGUGCUUAUCAAUAUGGAGUACGUGGAAAUUAUCAUGAUAAUAUAUGUGGUAUUGGUCAAGAAGAAAUAUAUAAUCUUGAUUUAUGGAUAUUUUCAAUGAAUAAUAAAAUAGAAGAACCAAUAUUUACAUUUGAAAGUAUUGUUAUUCAAUAA